UUAUACUAUCACUUCCUUCGCCUUCACCUUGUUUGCCACCAUCAUUGUGUGAAGCUUAAACCGUGGGAUUCAGUCUGGGGUUUAUAUCGUCCUCUUCACCGAAUCUAAGGCCCCUCAUUUAUCGGGUCCCGAUCAACAAGGCCUCGUUAAGAGGACGCUCAUCGCUCUCCCAUGACGUCGCUUAACUUCGAUUCCUCGGUUUUCAGGAAGGAGAAGAUCUCUCUGGCUGGCCACGACGAGUAUAUUGUAAGAGGGGGGCGGGAUUUGUUUCAUCUGUUGCCAGAUGCAUUCAAGGGGAUCAAGCAGAUUGGAGUAAUUGGCUGGGGUUCCCAGGGGCCAGCCCAAGCCCAGAACUUGAGGGACUCCCUUGCCGAGGCAAAAUCUGAUAUUGUAGUGAAGAUUGGACUGAGGAAGGGCUCUCGGUCAUUUGCAGAAGCUCGUGCUGCAGGAUUCACCGAGGAGAAUGGAACUCUGGGUGAUAUAUGGGGAACUAUUGCAGGCAGCGAUCUUGUGUUGUUACUGAUCUCUGAUGCAGCACAGGUUGGUAGGUUCUGUGAAAGUUUGCACUUUUAGACCUGCGUAAGAC